AUGAGGGCUGCGUUCGUGUGGGGCCUGCUGCUGCCUCUGCUCUGCCAGUUGUACCCAGGGGCUCAGGCACACAGCCUGGCACGAGCAGCCACCACCGACCUGGACCAGCUCAAGUCUGUUCUGCAGCGUUUGGAAGCCAGCCUGUCUGUGGUCCCUGAUGAGGAACAGGAGCCCGGGGACUACGCUCCGGAGCCUGGGAGCCCACAGGGGGUGGGCUCCAGGGGGACAGAGUCAGAUGUGCCCAGCCAGAGGAGCCAGCUGCUGGACCUCCUGCUCAGCGCACGCCGCUCCUCCUCUGGAUGCUUUGGAGCCCGGAUGGACCGGAUUGGGAAUGCCAGUGGCCUGGGCUGUGGCAGAGGUUAGAUUGCCCCCUCCUGGAUGCCCCAUCACAGUCCUCUGCCCCUGGACAUGUGCUCUUCUUCUGUUUCAACUGUUUGUGAAUAUAUCUGAGUGUUUUGUCCCAUGUCUGUUUUAUAACUUUUCUUUUACACAAAUGAAAUAAAGCGCAUUUUGCAGGUUGGUCUUAAGCA